AUGGAAACAAGAUCGAAGAGUUUUCAGAAUUGUACCGAGGCUGAAAUCCCUGGUUAUAAUGAUUGCCCCUCUUUUUUAUUCCAGGUAAAUAAGGCAGCUGCGAAGACGGGUAGGAGAAAUCAAAUUGUUACUGAAGUCCGUGAUGUAAGCGGUAAUACCAAAGCUUCUACACUUCCACCACCGCCUUUGGCUAGCAGAAGGAGCAGACGAAAUCUUCCUAUUGAAAGUGAAAAGAGUGAGCCGGACUUGUCGACACUAAGUUACGAGGAGGUUCUGAGCAGGGUCGAGAGUUUGUGCUCUUUCAAAAGUAGAUUACCUACACAAGAAUUUGAUUUUUACAGGAGAAAAAUUAAGACGAAUAUGACAAAGAAUCUUGAAAUCGAAUCAGUUAGGCAAGUCCUGACAAUGGUGUUCGAGGAAUCAAGUGAUAAACACAAAGGUCAACUAGUUUUGAGAGAAUGGCUUACUUCAGACACAUCAAUCAGUAAUUGGUGUCCUGCAUUUCUGAAGAUAUACGAAAACGCAAUAGAAGAUGAUUUAUGA